AUGAAUGAAAAUUCUUCAUCAAUUGAUUUAAAUACAUUAUGGGUUGAAUAUAAAAAUCCUAAUGGACGUAUUUAUUUUUAUAAUGCAAAAACUCGUCAAUCAACAUGGACAAAACCAGAAGGACAACGUGUUAUAUCACAAGAAGAACUUGAUCAAUUACUUGCUAAUCAAACAGAAACAUCAACAAAAAUUGUUUCACCAAAUGCAAAUGAACCCAUCGAUAAUCAAACUGAAAUAAUCGAAAAAACUGUUCAAUCACCAAAUGAAAAUCCAUCGUCAAAUUAUAAUCCAUAUUCAUAUCCACCACCGUCAUUAGGAAUGCCAUUUGGAGCAUUUCCACCACAUUUAAUGCCACAUAUGGCACAAAUGAUGCAGAAUGGUUUUCCAAGUUUUAGUUCAGUUCCACCACCUGCUCAUUUACUUCGUUUUAUGAUGCCACCUUUUCUAAAUGCUCAAGGAAUUGCUGCUGGAGGAAAAAGUUUAGAAACACUUGAAACAGAAUUACGAAAAUUACGAGUACAAUUAAAAGAACUUGAAGAAAAAAUGGAAAAAGCUAAUAAUGAAGUAACUACUUGGUCAGAAUUCAAAAAUCCUGAAGGACGACCAUAUUUUUAUAAUUCGAAAACAACAGAAUCUACAUGGGAUAAACCUAUUGUAUUCAGUGAUGUUAUUGAUAUACAAAAUCAACUUGAACAUAUAAAUAAAACAAUUCAUGAGUCAGAAAAAGAAGCAAAACGACUCGAAGCUGAACAAACUCUAUUAUCAGCAGCAACAGCAACAACAACAACAACAAAUUCUAGUGAUAAACAACAAACUGUUCCAGCACCUGCUUUUAUUAGUGGUUUUACAGUAGAAAAAAUGGAUAAUAAUGAUGUUCGACGUUUUGGUGAAACAUUAGAUCGUAAUCUAAAUGAUGAUAAAUCCAAAGGUAAAUCUAGACCAAGUUCAACUAAACCUAUACCUGGCACUCCAUGGUGUAUUGUAUGGACAAAUGAUCAACAGGUAUUUUUCUUUAAUCCGACAUCACGUACAUCACUUUGGGAUAGACCAGAAGAAUUAAAAGGUCGUUCGGAUGUUGAUGAGAUGAUUCGUGCAGCAAUGCCACAACAAGAAUCUACAGAUAAUAAUCGAACAAUAGCAACAAAACAAAAAUUAGAUUCAAUUUCCGAUGAUAUUGAACCUGACGCAAAAAAAAUCAAAUCAGAUUCAAUUCCUAUUAUCAAUAGUUUAAACAACAAUGAAAAUAUUGAUAAUGAAAUAAAAUUAAUUCAAAAUAUGAACGAACGCUCAAUUAAUAAUAAUAAUAUCAAUACAAAAGAAUCUCCUUAUGAUGCUGAAUCGAAAGCAGCUAAACAGAGAGAAUUAAUUCCAUAUGAAACACGUAUUAAACAAUUUCGUGAAAUGCUUGCUGAGAAACAAGUUAGUGCAUUUGCAACAUGGGAACAAGAAUUAAAUAAAAUUAAUUGUGAUGCACGUUAUUUAUUAUUGACAGCUAAAGAACGUAAACAAGAAUUUGAUCGUUACACACAUGAACGAGCUGAUGAAGAACGACGAGAAAAAGAAGCUAAAAUUAAAUUAAAAAAGAAAAAAUUUCAUGAUCUAAUAAAAGAAUCCAAUGUAUCAGUGAAAACAACCUAUAAUGAAUUUUCAUCAAGACACAGUAAGGACGAACGGUUUCGAGCAGUUGAAAAAAUACGUGAUCGUGAAGCAUGGUUUCAUGAAUAUGUGCAAGAAUUAAAAACACAAGAAAAAGAUGGAUCAAAUAAACAUACGAUCAAAGAAAAAUUGAAGAAAGAUUAUUUCUCGUUAUUAAAAGAAUUAAAAGUUGCCCAAGAUUCAUCUUGGUCUGAUAUAAAACGUUCCGGUGAACAUGAUCAACGUUAUAAAGCUAUUGAAUCAAGUUCGAGACGUGAAGAUUGGUUUCGUGAAUAUCAAACAAAACAUAUUGAUGGAAUAACAAAUUCAUCAAAUGAUGCAACAAAUGAAGAAGAUCUUGAACGACAACGUGAAAAAGAAAAACAAGAACGUAUUGAUGCUAGUAUAAAAAAACGUGCUGAAGAAGUUAAAGAACAAUUAUCUGGUUUUCAACGUGAAUUAGAUAAAGAACGUGAACAAUUAAAAAAAGAUAAAGCUAUUGAAAAUUUCAAAGCAUUAUUAACCGAUAUGGUACGAACAGCUGAUGCUGAAUGGAAAGAUACAAAAAAAGCUUUACGAAAAGAUCCACGAUGGAAUCAAGAUAUUGAUCGUGAUGAAAAAGAAAGUUUAUUUGAAGAACAUGUUAAUUUAUUAGAAAAAAAACGUAAAAUGGCAUUUCAUUCAUUAUUAAGUGAACAUUGUACAUUAUCAUCAACAUGGAAAGAAGUUAAAAAAAAUAUUAAAACGGAUGUACGUUUCGAAAAAAUCUUUUCAAAUGAUCAUAAACGUGAUUUAGAAAGAGAAUUUGAAUUAUAUAUGAAAUAUAAAUAUGAUACAGCAAAAAAAGAAUUUAAAGAAUUGUUAAAAGAAACAAAAAUUAUUACACAUAAAUCACUUAGAAUGAUAAGAGAAUCAGAAGAACAAAAUCAUUUACGUGAUAUUGAAAAAAUUCUACAAAAAGAUAAACGUUAUCUAUUAUUAGAUGUUAUACCAGAAGAACGUUCAAGAAUUUUAAUGAAUUAUAUUGAAGAUCUUCAAGAACAAGGUGAACCACCACCACCAACAGCUUCACUUGAUCGACGAAAACUUUGA